AACCCGGCCGCCAGGGAGAAGGAUGUGGAGAGGUUCUUCAAGGGAUACGGACGCAUCCGGGACAUCGAUCUGAAGAGGGGGUUUGGGUUUGUGGAAUUUGAGGAUCCGAGGGAUGCGGAUGAUGCCGUCUAUGAAUUGGAUGGAAAAGAGCUUUGCAGUGAGAGGGUUACAAUUGAGCAUGCAAGAGCACGCUCUAGGGGUAGAGGCAGAGGGAGGUACUCUGACCGUUUUAGUAGCCGUCGUCCACGUAGUGACAGGAGAAAUGCCCCACCUGUAAGAACAGAAAAUCGUCUCAUAGUAGAAAAUUUGUCUUCCCGAGUCAGCUGGCAGGAUCUCAAAGACUUCAUGAGACAAGCUGGGGAAGUAACCUUUGCAGAUGCACACAGACCUAAGUUAAAUGAAGGGGUGGUUGAAUUCGCCUCUUACAGUGAUUUAAAGAAUGCUAUUGAAAAGCUUUCUGGUAAAGAAAUUAAUGGAAGGAAAAUUAAAUUAAUUGAAGGCAGCAAAAGGCACAGUAGGUCCAGAAGCAGGUCACGGUCUCGUAGUAGAAGUUCAUCCAGGUCUCGUAGCCGUUCCCGUUCCCGCAGCCGCAAGUCUUACAGCAGGUCAAGGAGUAGGAGCCGUAGCAAGUCUCGAUCACUUAGUAGAUCUCCAAUGCCAGAGAAGAGCCAGAAACGUGCUUCUUCCAGUAGAUCUAAAUCCCCAUCAUCUGUGGACCGGCAGAGGUCUAGGUCGAGGUCCGUUGACAGUGGCAACUGAACUAUAAGUAACUUGCCCUGGGGGCCCUUUUUUAAACCAUACUUGCUAAAACUUGUGGUAAGUAUGUUUUUGAUAACCCUUUUCUUGCUCACAUUUUUUGUGAAUGUCUGAAGUGUAUAGUUUGUGUAUAUUGGCAGAGCUCUUUAUAACUAAAGCAGACAAAUUUUUUUGUACUCCAAAAAAAAAAAAUCAUCUGAACACUUAAUUCCCAGUAUACUCAACUGUGAAUAGCAACUCAGAACAUUAGUUUAAUAUCUCAAAUCAAACUAAUAGCUUUAGGCAUCUAAGAGCUCUACAUGUGCUGUACAUAAAGCUUUAUUUCAGAGGGUAUUUUUUUGUGCUUUAGAACCAUUGUUUCAGUUAUAGGUUAGCAGAUAAAGUGCUGGUCAGUACUGGUAAUAAAACUUUAUUUUAAAAGCUUUUCAUUUAAUAUGACUUGCACUACACUAAGAAAAUGCCCAUUUCACUGCCCUGUAGUAACAAUAUUCUAUAAAGCACCCUAAUUCUUGAUACGGAAGAAUUAAAUAGCUCAAAUAAAGUAUAAAGAAACACGUCUGUA